AAAAGAAGAAGAAGCACUCAGCUGUCUCAUGACCGGAAGUUAUUGCAGACCCCUCAAUGCUAAUGCUAAUACCAACUAAUGGUGUUCCUUUUUAUACACCACUUAAAUCUAACAGACAUUUUAUUUGAGACAUUUUAGAUACAGUCACGUUACAGGAGUACAAGGUGGGACGACUAUCUUUGUAUGUCUUCAAUCUUUUUUCAUUAUUUUUUUGCUUUGCUUUUUUUCGUUAAAAUCGUCUGUAAGUAUACACUAAACCUUGUGCACCAGAUGAGCAGCUUAAGUCUCUUUAUUCUGCAGGAUUCACCUGUCAUCAUGGGGGAGCCCACAGCCUCUGGCGUCUUCUGUAACAGGAUGCUGAGCAUGGUGAACUCUGAGGAUGUGAAUGCUAUCAUCCAGGCUCAGAGACACAUGCUGGACCGCUUUGAGAAAACCAAUGAAAUGCUGAUUAACUUCAAUGGACUGUCAAAUGUGAGACUGCAGCAGAUGAACGAGCGCUUUCUGCUCCACACCAGGACCCUGGUGGACAUGAAGAAAGACUUGGACAGUGUCUUUAGAAGAAUCAGGACUCUGAAGGGAAAGAUCGCAAAGCAGUACCCUGAGGCUUUCAGCAACAUCCACGAGUCACCUAUUUUGGAGGACGAUGAUGACGAAUUUGACCCUGUACCCCCCAGCGUUGCCACGACAACCGCCACAGCCACACCUGAACAAAGCACAGAGUCAUGUGACACGAGUCCGGAUGUCAUCUCACCCACAGUGAGCAGGUGCUCCGAGGACCUGUCCCAAGAACCCCCUGACACGCCCACUUCUGAUGGCCAAGAGAUCGCUGUGUUGAGGGACGAGGGGCCAGACUCUGUACCUACUGAGUAGAGUAGACUUUUAGUUAAAUUAUUAGGCAGGUGUGGGUGUUAUGAUGACAUAAAAUUUAAUUAUGGCAUGUCCCUGUGAUAUUCUGCCUCUACCAUGCUCUGAGUGAGAGACCACAAUAUACGUGGAAAUUCUCAGAGGAAGACUGUUCUAAUCAUCGUGAGCAGUUUGAUGUAUGUUUACAUGAUUAUUUGUUUAAAAUGCAGAUCAUGUGGCGUUUUAACACAAAUUUGCUGUCUAUUUAUUCUGUUAAUGCACCCUUGUUCUGGGGUGUGUUUGAGUUUAUAUCUAUGUAAAACUGUCCUUAAAAGCCUUUUAUACAGA